AUGGCCUCGCUGCAGGUCCGCGGCCCGGACUACUCGGCCACCAAGCAGAAGGCCUUCGAGGACGCCAAGAAGAUGCAAAAGGCCGUCAUCGAGGCCUGCAACAAGUCCGGCAAGGAGAUCCCGCAGUACCAGCUGUCCGAGCUGAUCGGCAAGGGCAGCUUCGGGCGCGUCUACAAGGCCAAGUCGCUGGCCUCGGGCCGCCUCGUGGCCGUCAAGAUCAUCGACAUUGAGGAGAGCGACACGGUCAACCCCAAGCUGGCCGACACGUACAGCGACCUGCUCAAGGAGAUCAACGCGCUGCAGCGCCUGAGCGACAGCGGCGCCCGCAACAUCAACCACGUCCUCGAGGCCCUGCCCGUCGGCCAGUCCAUGUGGAUGGUGACGGAGUACUGCGCGGGCGGCAGCGUCGCGACGCUCAUGCGCCCGACGGCGCCGGGAGGGCUGCAGGAGAAAUGGAUCAUCCCCAUCCUGCGCGAGGUCGCCGAGGCCAUCCACUGGGUGCACAGCCAGGGCAUCAUCCACCGCGACCUCAAGUGCGCCAACGUCCUCAUCACCGAGGUGGGCGACGUCCAGCUGUGCGACUUUGGCGUCGCCGGCGUCAUAGAGACCAAGUUUGACAAGCGGACGACCUUUAUCGGCACGCCGCACUGGAUGGCGCCCGAACUGUUUGAUGAGCAGGCGUCGUAUGGUACCGAGGUUGACAUCUGGGCCUUUGGUUCCAUGAUGUAUGAAAUUGCCUCCGGUCUGCCACCCAACGUCGCGUUCGGGAUGGACUUCUCUAAACUAGGCACCCAUCUCAAGCAGCACAGCCCUCGUCUGGAGGGCGAAUACUCUACGGGUCUGAAGGACCUCGUCGCGUACUGCCUGCAGCAUGACUCGAGCAAGCGACCCACUAUCGAGCAGAUCCAGCGGCACAGAUACAUCUCAAACACUGAGAAGGAAUACCCUACCACGGGGCUCGCACACCUGGUGAAAGCGUUUAAGCUCUGGGAGGCUCAAGGUGGCGACCGCCGUUCGCUCUUUUCGGCCGGCGGCGCGCAGGGCCUGGCUGACCUGUCGCCCGCUGCCAUGGCCAACGAGGAAUGGAGCUUCAGCACGACAGCGGCCUUUGAUCAGCAGGUUCUGAACGACGGCGACGCGCAGGACGUCUAUGACGUGUACGGGUCAGACGUCGACUAUUCGCAGACGGAAUUCGAGACGACCAAGCCGCAGAAGCCAAAGUCGCGCCGCCGGCCGCCGCCGCAACAUCUCGCUGCAUUCAAAGCACCCCUGGAAAAGGUCUUUGACCCCAACACGCUCUCAAAUUACGAGGACAACUCGAGGGCAUACUAUGGACGAAUGUUUCAGCCGCCACCCCAACAGCCAGCGACCGGCAUCGUCGGCAACGGAUCCGACUUGCCCCUGCGCGACGACAGUGCGCAGGCAACCGACGUGCGGGAAUCCCUGAUCGACCUGGACGUCUCGCUCCACGGCAGCGACCUUUCGCAAUUCGUCGACAUGACGACGAUGCGCGCUGGCGAGACGCGCCCCGGCGACUCGCGCGCCUCCCUCGACUAUGAAUUCAUCGACUCCCACUACACCCAGGGCCCACUCAGCGAUCCCGCCGACCUCAGCGCCAACAACCGGAGGACGCAAGACUGGAAGUUCCCGUCCAUGGCGGCGCCGCCGGCCUCGGCCAACCCCGAGGUGUUUCGCUUCCCGUUCCACAACACCCCUCCCGCGCCGGACUCCGCCGGCGGGCGACCGGCCCUCCUCCACCGCCCGACGGAGCCCGUGCUGCCCUCGGCGGGCUUCCACGACAUGGCCGCGGGCGCCGCGACGCACGGGCACUUUGACAACCGCGCGUCGGUCGGCUCGCUCAUCGACCUCGACAUGAGCUUCGCCGACCCCGUCAUCGCCUCGGCGGACGGCACGCGGCCCUCGACGUCGCACUCGGACGUGGGCUCCAUGAGUGGCUCCGAGAUGGGCGGCGCCAACAACCCCUUCGAGCUCGAGAAGCACGCCUCGCUCUACGCCGUGAUGCCCGGCGGCAGCACGCGCGAGCCCUCCAUCUACGUAUCCGACGGCUCCGAGUUCUCCUUCACCGGCGGCCACGAGUCCAUCACCACCGUCGACGGCUUCAGCUUGCACAAGCGUGACAUCUCCGUCUCCAGCGACCAGCCCCCGGCGGCCGCGCCAGGCGCCGUCGCCGCCAACGCCCGGCCCUACUCCCUGAGUGACUUUGCAGACACGGACCCCGAGUCCGCCACGCCCCCGCCCCAAACGGCCCUCGUCAGACCCCGACAAGCCAACGGCUUCCCGUCCGCCAGCUUCCAGCCCCAAAACCAGCCACAGCAACCGCAACUGCAGCAGCAGCAGCGCUCCCUCUCCGAGAGCUCGUCGACCGACUCGGCGGCGGCCGGCCUCCCCGCGCUGCCCGAGGCCCCCGCGCCGCAGGUCCUGCAGGGCCAGGCCGACGCCGACGCCGUGAAGCGCGAGCUGCGCCGCAUGGCCAUGAGCCUCGGCGAGCACCUCAACUUUGCCAACAACUACCUGUCCGGGCUGCCCAUCCGGCGCGGCAGCACGAUCCGCACCGAGUCGUACGCCGAGGAGUCCUGA